UGCGUGCGUGCGUGUGUGUGUGUGUGUGUGUGUGUGUGUGCGCGUGUGCGUGUGUGUGUGUGUGUGUGUGUGUGUGUGUGUGUGUGUGUGUGUGUGUGUGCGUGCGUGCGCCCUCCCGUCCCAGGCCGGCCUGCGACCCUCCACGACAUGGGCCCCGAGAUCCGGAGGGCCAUCUCCGGGGACCUGACGGUGGAGGAGGAGCCCGACAAGGGCCCCAAGGAGCCGGGGUCGGCCGCCUCAGAGGACGACAUCUUCAGGCGGUCGGGCGGCCUGUUCGGUAACCACGUCAACUACUACGGCCAGAGCGACGGCCGCGCCUCCUUCCCGCCCUCCUUCGCCACCCAGCGGCCGCUGCACAUCAGCCAGAAGGGCUCGCCCUGCGAGGCCGAGAGCCCCUCCCACGAGAAGCUCAUGGACUCCACCACCUUCACGCCCUCCUCCUACUCGUCGUCGGGCUCCAACGCCAACAUCAACAACGCCAACAACACGGGCAUGGGCGGCGUGGCGGUGGCGGCGGUGGCCGGCCCGGCCGGCCCGUCGGCGGGCGACCCUGACGGGGUGGACGACGAGCAGCCACUCACCCCCAUCCUACUGCCCCGGUCGUCCUGGUGCUUCCCCCCCAAGAGCUCGGACUCCAGCGACAGCCGGCUGCCGAUCAUCCAGCGAGGGGAGGGCUCCACCGAGGAGACGUACGACGAGAGCUACGGCGACGAGCCCGACUACCAUGACGACGGCCACUCGCGCUCCUGUGACAUGUUGGUGUACCAAGAUGAUAAGUGCAAGCAGUUGUCGUCCAUGGAGGGGAGCGAGGAGGUGCCAGAGAGGAGAGGAGGAGGAGGAGGAGGAGGGGGGGGUGUGUGUCUGUCUCCAAGGAGAGCCUUCCUCUGUCCAACUACCCUGGGACGAAGGUCGUCCUUCCAUCUGGAAUGUCUGAGGAGACAGCCACGGACAGACGUGUCCCAGAAGACAGCCCUCCCUCUGCACCUGGUCCAUCACCAGGCGUUGGCGGUGGCGGGGUUGAGUCCGCUCCUCAGACGGAGUCACUCCCCCACGCUCUUCAGUCGACUCUGCUCCACGCCGCCCGCCAGCCCGACAGCCCACGGCGGACACGCCUCGUACCAGCAGGUGCCCUCCCUGAAGCUAGAGGGCGCCACCUCCCACGAGAAGCUCAACAGCAGCCUCCCGUCGGUCAACUGUGGGCCUUGGUACAAUGACAGCAACGGGAACACCCGGGUUGGCUCGACCAAUCAGAGGGCGUCGAGGCCCGUGUCACUCACGGUGCCCUCGCUACUCAACCAGGACGCAACCUCGCUGACCCACGGCAGCGCGGGCAGCCUGGUGGAGGCGGUGCUGAUCUCGGAGGGGCUGGGCCGCUUCGCCCAGGACCCGGCCUUCAUCGAGGUCACCAAGGCGGAGCUGGCGGACGCCUGCGACAUGACCAUCGAGGAGAUGGAGCACGCCGCCGACAACAUCCUCAACGGGAACCCCGCCCCCGGCCGCCGCCCGCCCGCCGCCGCCGCCGCCGCCAACGGCAACCUGCUGCCGUACCACGCCGCCGCGGCCCCCGCGCACGCCGAGCCCCGGGGGGGGGGAGGGGCGGCCCACGGACCGUCCUCGGACCAGCAGGCUGCCGACAGGUGCGGCUUCAGGGUGCAGUCCGAUGCCUUCACCCGGGUAGCGGGCUCCAAGACGCUGCUGAUCAACGCGUUCCGUGAGCACCGCAGCGAUGGGAGCCUUUCAACCUAA